AUGACUGUCGUCUGCAAGCUUAUCUCUUCUACCAAGCCAUCCGGGGAGGAGACUUGUCGCGAGACUGCCACCACGGCUGCCCAGCCAGCCGCUGCCUCUCCAGGUCGUGUUGUCAAGGGAAGAAUCCUGAUCAAGACUUCUCAACGUCGUAGUCCACGCACCAGAGCCAAUCUCCGCUCGUACCUCGCGAUGGUCCUUCUCAUCUCGCUCACCGUUGACGUCUAUGCGUUGGCUACUACCAAUCCGGACUGCCCGGAUUUGUUUAGCCAGCUCACCGGCCUCCAUCCAUUAGCCAACAUCACCAUGGUCAUGCUGCUUCAUCUGAUUUGUCUGUUCUCUGGUCUCUCCCGAACUGUCCCAGGAUGUCGUCUCGCUUGGUUCUUCUUCAUGGUAUCCCUGGUCCUCAUGAUGCUCGUCCCAGCCUUCAUUGGUAGCUACAUGGCAUCUGGAUUGGCUCCAGAAAUGAGAUGGGAGAAAUUCGAAGCGAACAACAACAUCACAUUCGUCAGCGAACUCACCGCCGCUCAAUUCCGUUUCCAGACCGCCUUCUACAUGGCUGUUGAAGGACAACUCUUUGUCUUCAUUCUCUUCAUCUCAGAAACAUGGAAAUCUGAUCCAUUCGAAAUCCUCUUGAAGCAGUGUCCGAAAGAGGUAUUCGACAAGUUCGUCGACCCCACAAUCGAAGAUCCGACUCCUUCGACAUCUGAUGGUGCCAAAACUGUGAACGCAGAUGCUAGGGCCCAUUACUCGCGAAUCCUCGGAGGUCUUUAUCUAGAGCUUGCUGGAGUAUUGGAGUCGCAGCGUGCUACAACAGACGACGAAUAUCAACUGAUCUCUCUUCAAGAAAUCGCCAUUAUCAAAGAUUCAUUCCAGUUCUUUUUGCUCACCGGAGUUAUCCCUUUCUUGGAGCCAGGAGUUUGCUUGCCGGCUUCUGCAAGGAGUACAUUCAUCAAAUCAUGGAAAGUUUACGACGGAAACAAAGAAACAUGCGCCGUAAAAGUUCGUUCUGCAACUGUAUAUUUUGAAAAAGAAAACAAUUUUCAGCUCGAUUUUGCGGCGAAAGUGAUUGUCGCAUUGCUGAAAUGUAACGAUGCAAUCGCUUCACAGUUCAUGAAAAAGUUUAUUGAUGAUGUGAUUGCCAUCCAAUAUCAGCUUAAUGAACUCAAAGUCAAUAACUACGAAGCUCAGCUAGAGGAAAUCAUCUCGAAAUGCCCUGUUGACUUGCUGUUUGGCAGCUUGAUGUUUUUGUCGCGCGGCGGGAAAUCAGCAGAGCCUCCAAUGUGGCUUAAAGGAGCUUGUGGCAGAACGUUGAGUAAAAUUCUUGUGGCUGAAGGCGGAUUGACUCUUAUGUUGCAAUACUAUCAGGAGCGUGCCGGAGAGAAUUGGACUGAUCACUUACCGAUGACGAAAAGUGUGGCGUGGUGCCUCGCCGCUGUGCCGAAAAUUUUCAGUCAUCCACGAAAAUAUCAUGAGAACAUAUCCAAUCAGUUCUUUGAGAUCAUCUGGAGUCAGAAGGAAGUUGAUAAGAAUACUCUGAAUCUCUUCGUGAGCUAUGUCAACGAAGUGCAUGUUCGCUUCUCUCUCAAUGCGGAUCUAACGGUCUUUGACAAGAUUUUGAAUUUCUGGGAGCUUCUUGAUAAGAAACUUCAAAACAAAGAACAAAAGCAUACGGAAAAAAUUGAAGGGUUUUCGACGAACGACAUCAGAAAUCUGCAACUCCUAUCUCAAAUGCAAAACUCCUAUAACGUGAAGCGAAUUCGCCAGCUGACCACAUGCUUCUUCGCAUGUGCCGAACAAAUUCCUUAUAUUAAAGAUAUACUGAGAGCUAUAUUGGAUAGCGUUGGUAGCUUAGGAUACACCAUCUACCAGUAUGUGAUCACUCCGUCCCUUGCUGUUAGAUUGGUCAAGAAAUCGGUAACGUCUUCAAAGAUCCAAGAAGUUGGAGAAACCAAUGGAAACGAGACACCGUCGGAAGAACUUUGGGUCGAUGGAUUCAGCGAUUCAGAUGAAAGUGUUGGUCAUCGUAUUGACACAGCUUUCUACGUUAUCGAUAAUGUUCUAACCGCAGCUCGUGUUCGCACAAUAAUGGAAAUGAUAAACGUAGCGUUGGAGGAGUUUCUGAAAGUUUCGGAAAAGGAGAGAGAGGAUGAUAUGGCCAGAUUCGUUCAACUGGAUGGGGCCAAACUUUUUUCUUCGACUCAUUCUCAUUUUAUCGUCGGAUGCUGUUAUGAGAGACUUAUUGCUAUUGCAGGCGAAAGAGGUUUCGCUCAGGACGAAUGCAUUCAAUUGCUGAGGAUGACUGAGAACAUCCUGAACAACGCCACAUUGAAGUUUGUUCGAAUGGCGAAUCGAAAACAAAGUGUGGAUGUUUUCCAGAUGACGGAAACCGAGGUGAAAGAAUUCGAUUCCACUCGCAGUACCGUGAGGCUUUGUAUUCCUCUCAUCACUGCGAUUUUCUCCCUUACUCGAGGAGCCUCGCGUAUGCAAGAAAUUGCAACUAAGGCGUUGGAAGCAAUCGCCAACUUCACUAAAGCAUCGGACCUAUUCCCAUCAUCCGAUGUAGUCUUCAAUAACACUAUAGACGAGACUAAAAGAUACCUGAAAACUCUUAAGAUUGAUGUCAAUGACAUUGUACCUCCAGUUGUUCCUCAAAGAAACGAACGUCGAAGAUACAACCAAAUCGAUCUUUGCAAUGAAUGGAUUGAAGAACUCCAUGAUGAUGAGCCGGCUGUUAAAGGAGGAGCACUCAUGCAAAUCUCCAAAGCAUUCCGGCAAAGAACGUGGCACUGUCAGAAACUCAUCGAAUACGGUGCAUACGAUACGGUCAAAGACAUGGUUAUUGAUGACGACUCGUAUGUCUUUCUGUCUGCAAUCAACUGUCUCUGUGAAAUGGCCCUCUAUGAUCGUCACUUCUUUGAAGGCCUUAUCGAGUACUACGAAGAGUUAAUUAACGCAACAAAUAAAGACGAGAAAUUGGUGAUACGAAUUGGUAGAACUGCAGAAGCUAUUGGCAAACUCCUUAUUAGUCGCGGUGAAAGUUCGAUCACCUUCUUUGAUCGUUUGGCAACUGCUUUCAUGACUGGAAUCGAAGCCUCUGACGAGAUAUUACGUGCCAGCAGCUGUGGAGCUUUCGGAAAUCUUCUCGUAGCAACACGAGGCAGAGGAGUUGAGAAAUGGCUGGACCAAAUGCUUCUCAAAGUCACCAACAUUCUUCGUAUCGAUCGUUCGCCGCUGGUCAGACGUAGCGCAACGGAUCUCAUUCGACACAGUCUCAAAGCAGCUGGAAAGGAUAUCCUAGUAAUUCUUCGUGAAAGUCUCCUGGAUUUGCACCGCGAAGUUCGAAAUCUUUGGAAAACUGAUCGUGAUGAGACAGUUCGGCUCCAUGCUCAAUUGUGUUGUGAGGAGAUCGACGCAGCGCUCCGUACAAAUCAGGAGGAAUCUGAAAGAGGAUAUCACCGAAAAAUACGGUUCUAA